UGCAACCACUUAUGCAGUACACAUCGAAAAUACACAUCACUGUCAUGAUAAUUGACAUUUAGCUUAUUUAAACAUCAGUUAUACUUUUAUUUUGUUUUAGAUGACUGGCUAGAUCACGCUAAUCAUGAUUCUUAAUAGUCUACUUUUUCUGUUUUUCUUUAUGAAUAUGGAUACUGUUUUUUCUGAUUCAUUUUUCUUAGAGUGUCCUCCUGUACAAGAGAAUGCUGAGUUAAUCAUCAAAACAUCUGUGAGUGGAAAUAAAGUCAACAAAGAUUCGAAAAUGAUUUUUAAAUUUUUUACAAAUGAUUCUAAAAUAUAUUCCUGCACUGUGGAGCAUCAACAAAUUAAUUGCAUUUAUGAAAACAGAAAAAUCCCUAAUACUAUCAUCUCUAAUACACGUAAUAUUAGUGAGGAUUACUACAACAUUUCUAUAAUACUAUCUUCAAAAAUCGGUUGGAGAAAUAUAUUACACAAGAGUUCAUCAAUACAAAAAUGGAGUGUGCAAUUAGAACCUGAUUCAUAUAAAGAAUGUGACAUUAAAUUCUAUGCUAUUUUUGAUCAGCCAAAAUGUUUUACAAACAUUUCUAUGGAGGAUUUCAAUAUAACAUGUGUUUUAAAGAAAGUAUUUCCAAAGGCCUUUUGCAAAUUCGACGUUACACUCAAUUAUACUGAAGAAAUAAAAGGAAUUGUAACUUAUAGACAUACAGAGAUCGAAAAUGGCGACUAUUACUUAUCUUCGUGCUAUUUUAGAUCUGAAAAUCCUGAAAAUGGAUCAUAUUAUGUCAAUGUGACUAUGUACCCUAACAUUACUGGUACUGAAGGUGAUAUAAAAUAUGGAAAAACUUCUGCAUUUCAAACGCAAGAUUCCUAUGAAAAAACAACAGAAAUCACAACAGAGAUCGUCUUUGCAACAACGUCUCUGAAUACGACAAGGAAACACGAAUGGUUUAGUGAUACUGACUUUACCUUCCUCGUGAUAUUAUCUUGUGUUGUUCUACUAUUAAUCACUAUUUCGAUCAUUGUUCUUUUCCUAAUCAUCAAAAGAAAGAGAGUACAUUCACACUUACGAGCCAACAAGGUAACAACAGAAAUUGACAACACUGAGAUUUAUUCUCUAAUGUUACCUAGACCAAAACUUAACAGUCUUGGUAUUACAUAUGAUUCUUCUGGAGAAGUAAAAACAGAUAUCAUUAAAUCAAGCCAACCCAAGAGACUCAAUGUGGGCUAUGUAAACUGUACGAAUGUUACAGAUUCAAGUGACACACAUCGUAGAGAGAAUAACAACCCUCCACAAAGUGGUUGCAGGAGUCCUGCUAAGUUUAAGAUAUAAUUAAUGAAAGCAACAACACUUUUUUUCAGUAAGCAGCUUAUAUAAUGGAAACCCAGAAAACGUUUACUUCAAUAAAGAUAUCGUUAAAGCAUCAUCGAACGCAGUGUCAAAAACAUCAAGCUUGUACUUGUUUAUUUUAAUUAAAGACUUGAGAAUUAUAUUUUUUUAUUAUUUUUUCCAUACAUUUUGGCGAUUUGUGUAAAAAAAUAUUUUUUUUUCAAAUAUGUUGCUAAGUUUUGCAAUUUUCAUUAAAGAAUCUCUUUCAAAACUAAUUUAUCUAAUAAGAGUUAAUAAAUCAUUGUUAAAAUGUUUUAAAAAAAGAGAUGAUUUUUUUUAACUUGACCUUUAAAGAUCGAAAGUAAAAUAUAUAAUUUUUUAAUAGAAUAAUAAUACAUUUUUGCAAUUUAUAAUGAAUUCUUUUUAUCAGAAAUGUUCUCUGUUUAAACUUGACUGAUGUAUCAAUGUUUGUGUUAUUUUUCUUUAAAAAAGUUCUAUCUAUGAAUAUUUCCACCCAGCCUCAACUUUUCAAUUCAGUUUUACCGAAAUGCAAUACACAUAAAGCUCAGGCAUGUCAUUUUAAAAUUCAUACAUGUAACCAUGCUAGCCCAGUUAGACCCUACAUAUUAACAUCUGAUACAGACAUCAUCUAGUUUGGUUACAAACAAAAUACCAUUCAACCAUACUAUAAGAAACUAAUUAAUGAACGGUAAAGUAGAUUUAUAUACCACAUUUAUAUAAAAAAACAGGUUAUAAUAACACUCAAUAACUCUUCGAAAUAUGCAUUAACUGUAAUGAUUUUAAUGGUUUUAUGAAUUUAAUUGCAAUAUUUAGUUAGUAAAUCUAUAGUACACAAAACAUUAGAACAGAAAAUAGUAUUACUAAGGCGACAAAUUGAAUGAAAGACUCCUCAGCGAAUAGAUUCUUACAACUCACGGCAAAAAUGCGAAAACUUAUGCACCUACUUUGACUUGUUAAAGGAUUAAAGUUUCAAUAACAAACGACUGCUUAUUAAAACACGUAUCGUUGUAAUAGCUUUAGGUCCACAUUUAACUAAUUGUGCACAUUUAAGGGAGGGAACUCAACAAACUACAAGGCAAGAUGAUGAAUGGUCAAAACAAACAAAUGCAUCCAUUUACAUGCAUUGGGUUCACUUUCACCACAUCGAGUCGGUUUCCUGGAUUCGCAUGCCCUUCCAACCCAUGUUUUCAGGCACCCCUAAACAGAAAACACACACACACACACACACAUACACAUUCAAGUGUCGUUGUAAGUUCACGGCGACAGCAAUCCAAACUAGCAUUGAGACCAAAUACGUCUCUUUCCACUUAUCACAGCAAGCCAGAUUCACUAAUUCCUUUCUUGUUGCUUUUUUGGCGGAAGGACACUUCUCCCUAUGAAAACAACAUAGCCUUACCCCGUUUAGUACAUAUUCCAGAAUAGGACUAGCAGUGCGUAGGAGAAUAGUAACAACAAUAUUAUAUAAAUAAUAAAUAUUUAUCAUUUUAGAAGUUGUAUUUUUUUUUAAUUAGUACUAAUAAUAAUUACUGUUUAAAUAAUGAUUUUAUAUUAUUCGUGUUGCCAGUGUAAAUGCUUGUCAUUAAUCAUUUAACAUUACAAUUGAUAGCACACUUGUCUUUGCCCUAUGGACAGUAUACAGGGAAUUCUUAUGGUCCGACAGUUACGUUGGGCAGGGCCCAUAUGUCGUAGGGGACGAACGUAUGUAGGAAGUUUUUUUUUGUUUUUGUGAGCUAAAAGGUCGUUGACGUAAUAGAGGUGCCCCACUUCAACGCUUUCAGAACGAGACAGCUGGAGGUCACUUACAAAGGCCGCGGGAAACAUAUUUGAGACCAAAGGAAAAUCCGAUGAAUAGUACAGACGCAUACGCCGAAAACAUCUAAAUUGACCACGGGCGGACAAUGGUUAUGCUUGCCCUGGAUGUGGCAAAAUAUGUAGGUCGCUGCUGUGGUUGCUCAGCAACGGGAAAUACUGCAUUCCCACUAAAAGGCAAGCCUUAUAUAUAUAUAUAUAUAUAUGGCUCCUUUUGUCUCGAAAGGCAAUGGAUGCGCCCAAGUGAGUCACUGGUUUUGGCUUAAUCUUGAGACGGGGCAGAUAUAUAUAUAUAUAUAUAUAACCGAUUUUUCAAUAUGUUCACAUAGCUUUUUAUUUUGUUAUUUAUUUUGAUAUAACUCGUGAUUCUAAGACCUAGGAUACCGAAUGCACGCUUAUGUGUUGAAUAUUAAGAAAGUUAAUCAUUUUUAAAAACUCGCUUUUUAUUUUCGAUUUACUUUUUGCCUUCCGAACCCGUGUUUGAAGGACAUUUAAAGAAAAACUAUAAUACUCUAUGAAAUAAAACACAUUAGAAACAUUAAUUUGCACACAGAGAACAAGCACAUUUUUGUUUCAAAAUUGUCAAAAACUGUUAUCAAUCUAUUUACUAAUUUACUGUUGCAUUUUUUCGCUUUUGCAUAUCAAAAAGGGAGGUAAAAGUUACGCACAAAAAAUGUGCAUUUUCAAAACUUCAUAACAAAAAUAUAAAUUUAAUAUGUGUCAAAAUGUGAGGGAUUUGUAGAUUUAAAAGUAUACAUUACUAUAAAUAAAAUUAUAUUUCAAUAUUUUGCUGUACAUAUAAAUUAGCAUGCAAUGGUUUACUAAAACUUUAAAAUAAGUUACACUUAAAUGAGUUAACAAUAUGACGCGAAUAUCUUAUCUUAUAUAAUACAGACGUUACUUCAAAAGAGAAAAUGAUUACGUUAUAUAAUAUAAUAUAAUUAUAUAAUAUUAUUAUAAUAUAGCAAUAACUACUCUGCGCAAACUAUAUUCUAUAUAAGAUUCAUAUUUUCCGUUAUAAUAUUGAAUGACAUAUUUAUUUAUAGACUCUUAUAUAAGUGUAUUGUACAUUAAUAAUAGUAAAAGUAAUAAUAAUAAAAUACAUGCAAUCCAAAAAAUUACUUAGAUUUUUAGACAUAUAAAUCUACAUUAGUUCAAUGAUAUUUUACUUCCUUUGAAAAUCUUAAAACUCUGUAAGCUAAUUUGAUAAACUGAAAAUCGGAACUCUCUUUGUGUGCUGAAAAAUAUUUAAUGUGUUGUUAUAACAAUCUCACCUAUCAAACUAUGAGAAGUUAGCCUAACAGAUAUAGAGAAACAUUUAAAUUUAUAAUCUUGCAUCAUAGCAACUAUCUCAAUGACAUGUUGAUCAAAAUUUCAAGAUUUUUUUUAGCUAGCUAGCUACUUUCCAUAUGUUCUUUUCAAUUUAAGAUUUCAUUUUGAUUUUAACUUUCAACACAUUCAACUUAGUCACUUUUUUUCUUCAACAUGAUCAACCUUAUAGACUUUUAUGUAGCUUGAAACUUUUAGAUGUCAAAGUUUCAAAACUUUUUUUCUUAAAACAAUUUAGCAAAUGUUUUUAAAAAUAGUUUAUGCAGCAAUAACUCGUUUGAAAGAUAAUAUAAUAAUUGGGUCGUAAGAUUAUAAUUGUUGUAUUCAUUAUUAGAAUAUACUGUCAUGUAAAGCAUUCAUAAUUAGUAUAGCUUGUUUAAAGUCUUUUAAAAAUAAAAACUAUUUAAUUUAUUUUAAUUAUUAUAUUUAAUGAUUUAAUUAGUAUAGCUUUUUUAAAGGCUUCUAAAAAUAAAAACUAUUGCUCACCUACUGAUUUUAAGUUUACAACAGCAUUAUGAUCCAUGUUUAAUGUAGUACGAACUAAAAUGUAUUACUGUUUAAUCUUUUGUGUGUGUGUGUGGAUGUUUAUUUAAUUUGAGACUAAUAGAGAGGUGUUGACAGAUGCUUAAUAUUUCGAACUGAAAUUAGUAGUCUAUGUGUAAUACCUAUUGACUUACUUAAUAAAUGAUAAUUAAAAA